ACCACACAGUGAGCCUCACAAUGUGAGUACAUAAUGUUUUUCAAAGCAGCAAAGCCAGAACCAGCACAGCUGAAAGGACCCUGGUCCUGACUGAACCUGGUUCUGACCCAAACCAGAGGACUAAUGAGAUGAUAAAAACAUCUGUGCCACAGGCCUGCAAGAGGAAGAGGAAAGCAGCUGCUUCCGUGGAGACAGAACACUGUGACGGAGACGAGGCAAAGUAGCAGAACAACUGAAGAGAAGAAUGAGGCUGUUUGUGGGGACUCUGGUUCUCAUCUGCCUGCUGUCGUCUGAAUGCAGCGGCUCUCCGUCCUCUCCUCCUGCAGAUGAAUGUUCCAGCAUGUCUGUCCGUCUGCGGACGUUCCGGCUGGUGACACGAUGUAACUUCACCACUCUGAAGGAGAAGCAGCUGAAGGAGAUCCAGGCUCCGACCACCAACCUGUACCUGCCAGUUCUGUACCUGCUGGCCUUCAGUGUGGGUCUGCCCUCCAACCUGCUGGCUCUCUGGGUUCUGGUGUUCCGGACCAAACCACUGCCGUCCACCGUGCUCCUCAUCAACCUGACGGUGGCUGACUGCCUGCUACUGCUGGUGCUGCCGUUUCGAAUCAUCUACCACUUCAAAGGGAACAACUGGGGGCUGGGUGAGCCUUUCUGCCGUGUUGUCAUGGCGGUGUUUUACGGCAACAUGUACGGCUCCAUCUGUUGUCUGGCCCUCGUGGCUCUGGACCGAUACAUUGCUUUGGUCCACCCAUUCGGUGCCAGGACUCUGCGCAGUCGACGAGUGUCCCUGUACAUGACGGCGGCAGUGUGGGCCGUGGUGCUGGCUGCCAUGCUGCCGCUGCUGGUGUCGCAGCAGACGUACAUGCUGGACGAACUGCAGAUCACCACUUGCCAUGAUGCGCUGCCAGAGGAGGAGCAUGAGAGCUACUUCAUGCCUUACUUCACCACCUUGUUUGCCUGCUGCUUUGUGCUGCCCUUCGCCGUUGUCUUGUACUGCCAUGCCGCGGUGCUGCGCACUCUGCUGGCCGAGAGGAAACGCUACGGCCAUGCGGUCCGGGUCACGGUGUUGGUGCUGCUGGUCUUCAUCGUAUGUGUGCUACCCAGCAACGUCCUCCUCCUCCUGACCUACGCCGACAGCUCACCGGAUGGAGACGGCGAGGACGUUUAUGUCCCUUACAUGGUCAGCUUAGCGGUUUGCUCCUUCAACAGCUGCAUCGACCCCUUCAUCUUCUACUUCGUGUCGGCAGAGUUCAGGCAGAAGGCUCGCAGCGCUCUUUGUUGCCGCGGCGACUCUGGAGACAAGCCGUCCUCUCCGGCGAACAUGUCCUCAUCAUCCUCUGGCCAGAGGUCACAGGUCACCCUGCUGUCCAUGUCCAGCCAGCGAGUGACGACUGAGGUGCCGUGAGAGUCACAUGACUGCUGACAUCAUCACAGCUCCUCACAGAAUAUCAAACUGAGAACGUUGUCCAUGUUCUGAAGGCUGUACUGAUCGCUGAUCAAUUAUUUAACCAGAAAUAAAGAAAACAUGAUGAAAGAGAA